AUGUUUUUGGACUACUCAAGUCGCGACGAAUUUGCCGACAUCAACACCAGUUUUGCUGAAAAGUACAUUGAAAUUUUGUACAUCGAGCGUUUAGAAGAGCCUGGGUUUCGCUUGGACUACCUCAAGUCCCGCGCUAAACAUGUCUCGCAACUUCAAGAUUUGCAAGUGAAAGAUCUGGAAGGUAACUUGGGCUGGCUCAGCUACCUCCACGGAAUCAUUCUAUCAAGGGAGCAAAUGGAGGAGCGGAUGCCUUCUUUACUCAAGUGUUCUACUCUUUACAUGGUAGAGUUCAAUCUCAAAGGAUGCUCGCCCGAAGAUGCGUUUUGUGACGAAGCAGAGGAAGGAGGCAUGAAGGAGGGUCGGUUGAGGGAAGCAAUCAGACACACCUACAUGGAUUUCUUGGAACCUUGCGAAAGAGUUAUCGAGGCACUGCAGAAUCAUUUUGUUCUUUCGCGGCCUACCAAAAUAUGCUCAUUCAGUCAGUUCGACUUUGUGCAAAAGCUUCUUUACCAAGAGCUCUAUCCAACGUCUAGGGGUAGACACAAGACACACGCCGGACUUGUCAUGAUGCCUAUUAAGUUCCCUGCAUCUUUCAAUUAUGCUAUCAGCGACAAGAGCUAUGCACAGACUGACAUCAAGGUUCAGUUUCACAAAUGGACUGGACUCAAGACUGGUGGAAGCCUUUUCAGACUCAAAGGCAAAGACGUCCGUCCGUCCUUGGUCCCGAAUAGAAUAAUUUCUGUUUGGAACAAAGGAAAACCGGAACAGAUGUUCAAGCAUUAUUCGAAGCUGUUCGAAUUGGGACAACUCAGCUUCACCGGACAUGGCGGCGAUGAGACGACGAUCAUCAUGAAGGAGCUUGGAUACAGAUCAGAGAAGCGAAAUGAAAAAGUGAGCCAGAUCGGAACGACGUUACCGCCACGCUCCUCAACUGCGGUUGGUUCAGAAAAAGAAGAGCAGCGAUCCGAAUGCCGAGAUAGUAGUGACCCUCCAUCAGUCGUUGGAGAAAGGAAGGUCUCGUUUGCUGAAGGGAACACGCGCUCUAAUGUCAAAGAGGAAGGUUCAAACUGCUCGAGAAGUUUGAACCCUGCUCCUGAUGUUGGAGUCGUUGUUCACUGCACAGAAGAUCCUUGCGAGUCCAACGCUAAAUCCGUAGACUGCCCCGGGAAUAUGCCAACUCCAGCUGGAACUUCGGGAGCCGAUCAUUCGACUGUGUCGAGCGAGCGUGAGACCUCCGGUGCCAAAUUCUGUGUGAAUGUCGCGCCGGAUGUUGAAUCUGGUACCCAGAACGCGUCGGAUUGCCCUUUUAAUACUGUCGAUUUGACCAUGCCACCACCAUUGAACAACCCCGAGACACUAGAUGCAAAUUUGUGUUUAGAUGUCAAGCCGAACGUCGACCCUGGCCACAAAGUCAACGAGACAUCAAACCCAGGUAAGCUUCAAUGUCCCACUCCUCCACAGUUGAUGAAAGAACAAAAAGACCUCGCUGGCACGUUCUGCGUAGGCCAUGACACAGACGUUGAACCUGAUGAAGGGUCUCUCGAGGUUUCGAAUUCGUGCGUUGGUCCUAUGAACGGUCUUGGGACUGCGACCUACGAUCUCCCCGCAGUUAUUGAGCCCAGACUUGUCUCCACAGUCCCAAGAUCAUGUUCGCGAUCUCACGAGUUAGAUGAAUUGCGAGGUAAUAAGCAAGUGGACCUUAAUUUGAGAGCUGAUUAUAAAGUUCAGAUCACUAGCGGAAGCGCUGCUCAAGACCACAUCCGCAUUUCUUCCGUCAACACAAGGAAAUCAAGUGGCGGAUCUUACCGCUCCCGCCAGGCUAAUAAGCAAGUCAUGAUGAUUGACGGAGUAGAACAUGAACUCAAUGAGAUUGAGAGAGAUAUUUUCUUACUUCUGGAAACGCGAGGCACCGAGAAAGAGGCUACCAAAAAGCUAUCGCCUUCCGUCAAGUGUGCUCCUGAAGAACGGGCUACAAAAGCGGGAACAUUCACAGCUAUACGAGAUGAACAGCAACUCUUCAAGGGGACCAAUGAAUCUGUGGCAAUUGGCACAGACGAGGCGUCAAUAAGCAUCAAAGAUGGGGUACCAAAGCGAAAGCCUUUGCCCAAAAUUGAAGCUUUGAUGGUGCCAGACCUUUCGCCAGAAGAAGGUGAAGGUGAUUGUGGUGAACUUGGAUCAACCGCUGCAGCGUUACCAGAUGGAUUUGAAACUCAGGAAGAGUUCUCGAACCAGGAUCCGCAGCACCUUCCCCAAAGCCAUGUCAUGCAAUACUACUACCCCUCUGAAAAUCGCCCUUUGCCGUCUAGCUUCUCUCCAGCACAACAGGAAGCUGAUGAGUAUAGGAAGCGAGGUUCUCCAGGUCAGUCAUUAGCUAGUUCUGACUCGAAUGCCUCCUCGAGUUCAGAUAAAAAUUCGAACGUGAAGAAAGAGUAUCCGGAUGGUAUUGCUAUGGCUAAAGUUGAUACCAAAUGUGUUAAUGUAACAGAUUUGGAAAGGGGAUCAAAAACAGCAGCAAACCAGACCUCCUCAUCCGAACGGGGUAGACACUCAACCAGAAGGAAAGAGCGAAGGAAAGGUUCGGAAGCGCGGAAGGCCAAAGAAUACGUUGAAUCGGAUAUUUCGGGUACAUUACCUCUUAGCGUCUGCGCAGCCCAGAACGAUCGCGUCUUGGCUCAAGAAUCAGUUUUCGGUGAGACUUCGAUCAUUCACAGAAAGGACGAUUCACAGCUCUAUUGCAAGACUCAAGAGCCCCAAAACGAGACCUGUAGAGAUGCUGCCAGAAACUCAGAAAAUUCGCCGAUCUACAAUUCGCAGCCUAUCGGGGGCUCUAAGAGCUCCGACGCCUUCAGUAGGCGGCCAUGUCACUGUCAUCUGAAAGAAAAAUGUCACAAUCCUUUCCAUGACCGGCUACCCGAGUUCUUAUUGGGAGACUCACUCAAUCCUCCUCAAGAGUACGAUACUCGAGUGAAUGCUGUUGAUGGUCAAUCGGCAACUCGCAGUGAUGACCGUCAAAGCCGUGAAGCGAGAACCAGCUUCAAUAUUGGCAGGGAACAAGUUAAUGCCACAGAAAUGCGCCAAGAGCCAAAUCUGCCACCCAAUGGUGAGCACAAGCAGCGCAGGCCGCACCUCCAUCCUGGAAGUUCUGUCUACCAUCGUACCAUGAUUGGCCACGAGGAAAAGAGCGCAUCGAGAAUAUCAGAUAAAGAUUUUUCUCUUGCGAGUAACACAACGGCACCUAACACUUUUGAUGUGUUAGCAAACGAGCGCUCAAUCCGUAAUUUUAUCUACGGAACAGGACAGGCAAGUUCGCUUGAAAAUGAUGCUAAGAACGAUGAUCAAGGUUCGGUGAUAAUCUCGAGCCAUCUUUUUCCGCCGCUCGCUACAAGUCAAGCUCCACGUCGUGAAAGUAUGACUUCAAAGGGACUGAAGAAGAACAUCAAUCCUAGCGAAAUGACACACAGGCUUCAUCAAUCUAUGACGUCAGGUUCAAAAGGGCCAGGAGAUGAUUUUGGUGGCGAAGAACGGUACGAUUUUUGCUACGACAGUCGCGACGCAAUCAAGUCGUGUGAACUCUCGACAGUUGACCAAAUUUUUGGAAAACAUGGUUUUCAUCAAAAUAUCGAACAAGCGGCAAACGUCAAGUCUCUUGACCGACCUGAAAGUAUGUUUUCAUUUUGCUCAGGGCCCACAAUAGGUUCCCCGCUGUCAUCUCAGCUUGACGCCGCAGUCAAUGAACAUUUGAGCAAUUGCGCAAAAGGGCUUUAUGACCGAGAAGCAAUAGCCCGUUGUAAUUUUACAACCUCGUUAGCUGACGAUAAUGGAGAAAAUCCUGAAAAGCCUGGCAAGGAACUUCACGUUUAUGGGCCAAAGUCCCAGAAGAAUUCUUCGCAAUUGCCUUGCGUGACUGGAGAAUAUGAGCCAGACAUGAAGACUCCGGGUAGAAACAGAAGUUUACGUUUCGCCAACAAAAUAAAAAGCGUGGUCUCGCCGCGCUCUGGUUGCAGUCCAACCCCCGCGAGGCCUAUCAAGAAAGAGAAGCGUAAGCUCACGUACGAUGAAUUGUACCCGGCACUUUCAAACGUGAGAUUUCGGGAUUUUGUUAAGUUCAAAGCACACAAGUUAAAAGAAGACUUCAAAUACUUCUCCGACAUGGCAAAGAUUUACAUGGUCGACACGAAGGAGAAACCUGUGGUUAUUGAUCGCGCUUCCCAUGAUAGAGGGUUUGUUUGGUAA